CAUUCCACUCUGCAGAGGGAGAACACAUGUUGGAGAUCCGGCAGAGGCACACAGAGCAGACCAAAGAAGUUUUAGGACUGGGUUUAUGUCCUGAUGUAGAUUUUAUUCCAUAACAUCAAGUUUUGUUUUAGGUAUUUUCAACUUCAAAGAAAAAGUGUGAACGUUUGAGUUUGAACAGUCGAUCUAGACAUGGAUACGUCCUUUACUGUGAGUACUCCUCGCCUGUCCACCUUCCUCUGUCUUUACCUGCACCUCCACACUCUCGCGCGGGCCGCUAUGGACUCCUGCUAUGAUGAAGAGGGGGUACCCAGUCGAUGCAUGCCCAAGUUUGAGAACAUCGCCUUCAAUCGCACUGCGAUGGUGUCAAGGGUGUGCGGCUCCCCACCUGAGGACUACUGCAUGCAGACCGGCUCGACGCGCUCCUGUCACUACUGUGAUGCAUCAGAUCCAGAGCUGCACCACAACGCCAGCCUCCUGACAGACUUUCACAGGAAUGAUGAGCCCACGUGGUGGCAGAGUCCGUCCAUGUACUAUGGCAUCCAGUAUCCCAAUUCUGUCAGCGUCACCCUCCACCUUGGUAAAUCCUUUGAGAUCACCUACAUACGGCUACAGUUCUACACCAGUCGACCAGAGAGCUUUGCCAUUUACAGGCGAACAGAAGAGGAUGGGCCAUGGUUACCUUACCAAUAUUACAGCGGCUCCUGCAGGAAGACUUACAGGAAGGAGACUAAGGGUUACAUUCGUCCUGGAGAUGAUGAAAGAACCGCUUUAUGUACGGAUGAAUUCAGUGACAUCUCACCCCUCACUGGAGGCAAUGUGGCUUUUUCCACCUUGGAAGGUCGACCCAGCGCAUACAACUUUGACCAAAGUCUAGUACUGCAGGAGUGGGUGACAGCCACCGACCUGCUCAUCUCCUUGGACAGGCUCAACACCUUUGGCGAUGAGUUUUUCAAGGAUGCUAAAGUGUUGCGAUCAUAUUUUUACGCCAUUUCCGACUUCUCUGUGGGUGGCAGAUGUAAGUGUAAUGGCCAUGCCAGCGAGUGCGUUGAGGGGGAACAGGGUGGCCUGGUGUGUGUCUGCCAGCAUCACACAGUGGGCGCCGACUGCCAGAGAUGUCACCCUUUUUACCAGGACAGACCUUGGGCCAGGGCCACCGGGGACUCCGCCAACGAGUGUUUGAGGUGUAACUGCAGUGGGAGAUCAGAAGAAUGUGUGUUUGACCUGGAGCAGUACAGGAGCACCGGCAGCGGGGGGCGCUGUGUGAACUGCCGAGACAACACGGACGGGCCCCAUUGUGAGCGCUGCCUAGAAUACCACACAAGGAAGGUCCCGGAAGAGCCAUGUGUGCCCUGCAACUGCAACAUCAAUGGCUCUGUGAGUCUCCAGUGUGAUGUAGAGGGAAGGUGUUUGUGUCGCGUCGGUGUGACGGGAGAGAAGUGUGACACGUGCCAGGCUGGCUUCCACUCACUGGGACCUGGUGGUUGCAGGCCGUGUGAGUGUGAUCCCAGAGGGAGUGUGGACUACUGCUCCUCUCUGGAUGGACGCUGUUACUGUAAGCCAAACGUGGAGGGCCAGAGCUGUAAUAGAUGCAAGCCGGGAUUUUUCAAUUUGCAACAAGAAAACCUAGCAGGCUGCCAGCCGUGUUUCUGUUUUGGCCACUCGCGGGCCUGUUCCUCAUCUGAUCGCUACGCUGCUGUCAGCAUCACUUCAGACUUUAUCGAAGAUCAGGAUGGUUGGAUGGGGGAGUUCUCUGGAGGUCUAGAGUACCCUCUGCUGUGGAAGGAAGGUGAAGUCUACCUGUUGCCGCUCAGCGAGGAGGACACUGGAUACUACAAAGGUCCAGAGAAAUUCCUGGGUCAUCAGGUCAAUAGCUACGGCCAGCUCCUCUCCAUCACCUUCACCUCUGAGGCCCCUGAGCUACUCCCGGACCACGUCACCCUGAUUCUCCAAGGUUCAGGAAUCACCCUGUUGGCUGAACUUUCCUCCGAGCCAGGACUCAGUCACGACCCUGGCCUUACCCCGCGGCGCUCCUUCAUCGUCAGACUUCAUGAAUACGAGAAGAGAUUCGAGCCUCAUCUGUCUGCCUUUGAGUUCCAGCAUCUCCUUUACAACCUGACAGCUCUGAAGAUCAGCAACGCCGGGGGACACAACUACACAUCACAGCUUGCGGGGGUAACCCUGACCUCUGCUUCCAUCGCCUCCCAACCAAACAGUCCUCCUGCUCUGUGGGUGGAAUCUUGCUCAUGUCCUCGAGGUCUUGCGGGCCAGUUUUGCGAACGAUGCACCCAAGGGUUCACCCGAGAAGAUUCCAGCAGAGGGCUGCUCUCAGCAUGUGUUCCAUGCAACUGCCACCAUCAUGGGCCCUGUCAUCCAGAGACAGGUGCGUGUGAGUGCUCAGACUUCACCUCCGGGACAACCUGUGAGCACUGCCUGGAUGGUUACUAUGGCAACGCUUUGAUUGGCACGCCUGCUGAUUGUCAGCCUUGCCCUUGCCCAGACCGUAGCAGCUGUGCCCAAAUCGCACAGACAGGACAGGUGGUCUGCACCAACUGCCCUGCAGGACAGACAGGCACACGCUGUCAGAUGUGUGAAGACGGUUACUAUGGUGAUCCCCUGGGAACAUCUGGGAUGGUUCAGCCAUGUGUGAGAUGCAGCUGUAAUGGCAAUGUGGAUUUCAACUCAGUGGGAGUGUGUGACCACAUCACGGGGCGAUGUUUGAGGUGCCUGGGCCACACAGAGGGCGAUCACUGCCAGCGCUGCCAGCAGGGUUUCUACGGCGAUGCCUUAAACCAAACAGCUGGUCAGAAGUGCAAACCAUGUGGCUGCAGUUCUGCUGGAACCUCUGGGCACGUUAAUGAAUGCCACCCUCAGACAGGAAAUUGCCAUUGUCUGAGUCAUGUGACCGGGCGCGACUGCAGUCACUGUGAAGUUGGCUUUUUCAACCUCCAGCCAGGCAUGGGAUGCGAAAGGUGUAAAUGCAACCCAAUUGGCUCACUGUCGUCAGUGUGCCAUCCAACCACAGGGGAGUGUGUGUGUCGUGCAGGAGUGGAGGGGAGGCUGUGUGAUAUUUGCCGUGCGAGCUUCUUUGGAUUCUCCUUGCGAGGUUGCGAAGCCUGUAACUGUGACCCAGUGGGCUCGGUUUCCAUGCAGUGUCACAGUAACGGUACCUGCAAAUGUCGCCAAGGCUUUGUGGGGUACAAGUGUGACCAGUGUGAGCUGAAUUAUUUCCACAACAGAGCCACCCACCAGUGUGACGAGUGUCCAGUUUGUUAUGGCCUGGUGAAAAAACAGGCCAAGGAGCUUCGGACUCGCCUGCAGGAUUUGGAGAAGCUCCUGGCUCACUUUGAUUGUCGAGGUAGAUCUGCAGAGCAGCACCUCCUGCUGAAGUAUCACAUGGCAAGGCUUUACGAGCUCCAUCACCAGAGGGAGGAUACUUUUCCCAAUGCUCUGGAGGAUUUUCUAGCCUUUCAAGAAGCACGGGAGGCCUUCAUAAAACAAUUUUCCUUGCUGGGAGCUUCAGCUGGCACACUUUUAGCUCAGCUGCAUGGCAUUACGUUUACUUUGAACUGCAGCAUUGGCGUGACGGAGGGAGAGGGAGAGGACAUAGAGGAGGAUAAAAGGAGUAGACGUGUCUGUCAGACCUUAACUGAAACUGCACUCGUGAUUAGAGCAUCUGAGAAGCAGCUGCAGCAGGCAACGCUGGACCUGGACCACAUGAUCAUUCCUUUUGAAGCGAUGUCAGCACCGAACAAAUGGAACAUUAUGGUCAAUGACUCACAGGUCCUGAUGAAAAGUCACAAGGAAGUGGCGGACCACAUCGAGGCUGUGGCAAGCAGGGUGGUGCAGGUCUCAAAUCGGACUUUCACCCUCCUGAUGGAUCUACUGCAGGACAACUCCACAGAGGAGUACAUCAUGAAUCUGACAGAAAAGAUAACUGAAAUGCAGCAGCUAAAGAAGAACCUGACAUCAGAGCUAAAUAAUACCGAAGCUGAACAGCUGGCCCUGGAGGAAGAAAACGUUGGUUUAAAGCUUGCCCUGGGUAACAUCACGUCGUCUUUACCUUGGCUGGGUUUGAUGGAUUCCAGAUCAGAGAUGAAUGGAACAGAGUUCAACCAAACACAUCCAACCAACACAACCGAGUGGGGUGAGAACUUUCAGAAGCAAACUGAAGAGCUCGACCAGCAGAUUCAGAAGAAAGAGAAUCUCAUCAGUGAGAUCAGUGAGAAGCUUGAACCGCUGAUACGGGCAGCCAAGAGGAGCUUGGAGAAAGUAGAGGACAUUAAAGUUCUGCAGGCUCACACUCAAGAAGCAACGGCUGUGUCUUUGUCAUCUGUGGUGAUGGGAAAAGAGGUGGAAUCAGAAGCGUUCAGCCUACACAGAGAAGUAGAGAACAUGGUGGCGCAGUGGCCCCACCAACAAGCCCAGACCAGGGCUGCAGUGAAGAAAGUCAGACCUUUGGAGGACAAGGUGCUCGCUGAGGUCAGAAAGACGGUCCAAAAGGUCGAGAAGGCGCUUGAAGCUGCUGUGGAGAACUCCAACCUCGUCAUUAACACCACGAAAGAAGCAGAGCAUAUAGCACAAGCUGCAGCACAGGAAUCUAAAACCAUCCUGGCCCAGGCCAAACAUACCAAGACCGCAUCAACUCAGCUCAACACCCAGCUAGACGCUGAGCUGCAGAAACUUUCUGAGCAGGAGCUGCUACUGAAGGAAGCAACGUCCCACGUCACAUCAGAGCCUGCAGUGUCCCUGACCAGCAUGAAGGAAGCCAUAGAAGCAGCUAAACUCCAGCUGGAGGCCUACUCUUCCACACUGAGCGAACUUAUCAGUAAGAUUGAUGGGAGCGUGCCGCUGGAGCGGUUCGAUCGGAUCUUGAAUGAGACAGAGCGGCGUCUGAGCAUGCUGCGAGGGAGCGUGGAGAGCCCGGCGCUGAGCUCCAAGAUCCAGCGGCUGCGCACGGCCGCUAAGGAGCAACAGAGCCGCCUCUCCCUGAUCGAGCAGGACAUCCAGGAGAUAAGGGAGGAGAGAGACAGUCUCAGGGACAUCGCCUCAAACCUGCCUCAGUCCUGCCCGCGGGCCAGAGGAGAAGCCUGAAGACGAGGAAGAAUCAGGCAGUGAGGAAAAUGGAUGAAAGAGAUGGGAAAAGUCUGGGAGGUUGUUUUAAUAAAAGGAGGCCCCCACCCCCCUUUUUUGGUUUAGAUUUAAAAAUUAAACGGUAUUGUGUCCCCGUCUCACUCUCCUCUAUCUUCCUAUCCCCCCUUUAAGCUACAAUUCAUUUUCCCAUGACUGUACAGUGACACACAUACACUUCAGCCCAAAGCCUCUGAGCUGUCCUCUGUCUUCAGUGAUUUAAAACUCAAUCCUCCUCUUCUGUCUUUGUGGUUUUUCUUUCUCUGCUUUAUCACCUUUUUUUAACAGCCAUCUUCUGAACUUCAGUCUCACCGUGAAUAAUAAACUCUCAUAACACUUUAAUAGAAUAAUGCUGAAUUAGUAUCCCUUGGUGGAGGUAAAGUGUGUGUGUGGAGGCUCUGUCAGACUGACACAUUCAAUUACACUUCAACUCGUUUCCAUCGUCUUAGAUUAACUACUAAUUAGUCACCUUGUCCUCAGCGGGAAUCAGGUCAAGCUUGAGCAAGAAAUGCAGGUUUUCUCUUUUUUAUUUUUGGGGGGGGGGGGGGGGGGGCUCACAAGGUGACAACAACCUCUUUGUGGCUUUCCAUCUUGAUGAAGUUCUCAAGCAAGUAAGCUAUUUUGGUUCAAGGAUGCUCACACAGUCUGAAUGAGAGAUCAUCAUAAAUAUCACAUGUAUGGGAUAAGAUUUGUGCCAAUAAGAUCAAACCAAAAACAUUAAUCCCGCUCAAAAUAUAACCAAAUAAAGCUAACAAAAACUAAAUUUCAGAGGCAAAGCAAAUAAUUAUUCUAAUGGAUUUGAUUUAUAAAGCUGUUUUUGAGGCAUCCAAAGUACUUUCCAUUCAAACGCUGCAACAAUGUUCAGCUACAAUGUAGCCACAGCUGCCCAGGGGCAGACUAGCAAAGGCAAGGAUGCCUCUGACCAGCACCAACAUUGCCAAGGCAGGUGAAGUGUGAUGCACAAGCCUACAACAGAAUUUCCUGGAAGGAGCCUGGCUCAAACCGGCAACCCUCAGUUUUCUGGACAACCCGCUCUGCCUCCUGGACUACUGGUGCCCCAGAAAAAUGUGAAUACCAAAAGCCCCAAAAAUUCAUAAAUAAACAAUUUGUUAAAAAAAAUUUAUUUUUAUAUGUUAUUCAUUCAUACGUAAUUUCGUUGACACACAUGUUUUGUUCUCACCUAAUUUUGGAUUACUCCGACUAGACUUUUAUUUUGAAGGGCAUGUUUUAUUUCUGCUCUUUACAUUUGCUGCACCUCAGUUAUCUUUUGCUCUGGGUCUUUGGCCCAAUCUCAAUACUUGCACUGCACCCUGCAGUCUUCAGCAAAGCGCACUUGGAGAAAGUGUGCAGUAGAGUUUGCGUGCACAGUACACAAGUGUGCAAAUAAUUGCCGAAUUGAGACAAGGAGCAUUGCAUCUUUGAUCAUAUCACAUGCCGGGAUGCUGGUCGCUGUGAAUCUUUUUUGAAAAACCUUUAUUAAAAACUUUCAAACAAACAAUAAAGCAAUUAUUUGAAAUAAAUUUUACUUAAUUGCUGCUUUGUCUAAAACAUUCAGAGCAUCAACUAAUCAUCCUAAAAUGAACUAAUUUAAAUUAGGAAAUACAUAUUUAAGAAAAAAAAAGAACUUGAGCCUUUUCUCCUGCAGCAAUGACUUGUGGGUAAUACCUUUGCCUGAGGUCCGCAUCGCUGUGGACUUGGGUGAAAUGCAGAUUAAGGGUGCAAUGGGGGCGUGGUCAACUUCUGCACUUGAGAAUCGGGACACCCUAUGCACUCGCACCCCUGGCCGGGAACGCGCAAAUGAAGGGAGCGAGGGUGUAAGUGCGAAUAUUGGGAUUGGGCCAUAACCUUUGCAAGAUAGCCUCAGUGAGAGGGGCUUAUCAGUGUUUCAGUUAUUAUGGUAAUGAGUGUUUGGAGUGAGUGGCUUGAGUGCCAUGCACAGAAUUUCCCUGAGACUUCAGAAUGAAUGUAGAAAAUCAUCUCAGUAUUGCAGAAUCAAGUGAGAACCAAAAUGGUGUGUCCAAAAAAAUUAUGCAUGAGUAGUUAAGUAAGUAGAGUAGAUUGUAAACAUACAUAUUAUUUAUGAAAUAAUUGAUUUUGUUUUAACUCAUUUACUGCCACUGAUGACAUAAGUCGUCAUUUCAAAUCCAACCGUUCACUGAAAAUGAUUUGCAUUUUUUUACUGUGUGGGCGUUGGAAUGAGCCCCCGCAUCGUGUGAACAAACAUCCCGGUUCUAAAGCCGAUCUUCAUCCACUUACAUCACACGUCAUGUGAUCAGGAAGCAGAAAAUCCAUGUGUUAGGAGAUCGUUUUGGGCUGCUGCUGUAAAAAAAAAGUGGGGCGUGAACCGGAAAAGCUUCUGCUGAUCACAAUUCAACAAUGGAUUAUGAAAGAACGGAUAACGCUCGAAACGCGCGGCUUAUUCCUGAUGCAAGAGGUGAGUCUACUCUUUGUUUUGUUAGUUUUGGCGUUGACAUCACAUAGAGCGCAACGUUCUGUGACUCUUAAAAAAACAGUAAAAAUUUUGAAAAAGGCUGGCAGGGAAGGACAUUUCUGAUUAGGAAAUGGCUGGCAGUGAAUGAGUUAAGAGUGUAUUUUUUUUGUUUGUUUUUUAAAUUCACAAUUUUGCUUCUGAAGUGUUUGGUGAAUUUAUUUGGGUAUGUUUUGUUUGAGACUAUUUUUUGUGGGGGGGGGGGGGGUGAUUCUUUUGGCACAAAUCUUAUCCCAUACACAAGUUUGUGUACUUGUCAGUUAACAGAAAAAAAAACAAAUAGGAACUUCCAUAAGCGCUGUACUUUAUAAAUGCUGAAUAUGAUCUAACACAGACCCACAUCUACACUCAUAAAUCUAAAUGUGUUUUAAGUAUGCUGACCUUUCAACAGAAAACAUUACAUAAUGGAACAUACUUGAAAUAUUAACUGUGCUCUGUGUACCAUUGAACACCAGUAUUGUUAUGCGUGAUUAAAAGAAAAGCUAAAUAAAGUGUAUAAAUCUGCAAAAGUGACACAUCAGGAAAUAAUAAACUCUGGAAGAAUGUG